AAUGCAUUUGUAUUCUUUCGUUUAAAAAGUGACAAAUAUCUUAAAAAAAUGUUUUCCAUAAUAAUCAUAGUCUACCUAAAUUUCAAUGUUUUGAAACAUCUGUACCAACAGUUAUAACACAAAACCCCCGAAACCCAAAAACGGCUGGGGAUCAUUUUAUACAACAUGACGUAACAGCACUGAGGCCUUCGUGUUUGCGUAUUGCCAUAUGGCUUGAUUUGCACAAGCUCGCCUAGUCCUACCGAGAGUUGGCAAACAGGUUCGCUCAUCUAUAUUUAUUUCGAAAAAAUACCAGCUCUGUCAAGGUAUAAAUCGCAGGUACCAGCGCGGCGUUCGGACAUAAAAGUUGUCGUGCCAGCAAAGCAUAAGCGACAAAUAAAAACAAAGGAGUAAUUUUACAUAAGAAUUACAAACCGUGCUACAAACUUUCAAAAUGACGAUUCGAACUUGGAACAGUGAUCAACAAUUGGGGUCUAGAAACCAAGAGAGAUUAAGAUUACGCGAUUGGCUUGAACUGAGAAUCGGUAAAUCGAGGUACCCCGGUCUCGUGUGGGAGGACAAAACGGAAAUGACGUUUCGGAUUCCUUGGAAACAUGGAGCAAGGCACGGGUGGAGGGAAAAGGAAGACGCAAGGCUCUUCCGGGAUUGGUCGGAGCACACGGGUAGGUUUUACAUCAGCCUUAAAGCGGCUGAUGUUGAGCUAUUACAAAUACGCGGGACACGCGACAACGGCAUGUUAUCAGGGGCCUCUCCGAAAGAUGUAAAGCAGCAUAAAGCGAAUUUCCGAUGUGCUCUCAAUUCGCUACGUGACGUUAGAGCCGUACCACAAUUGAGCAAAAGCAAGGGCGACGAUGCAUACCGUGUGUAUAAGAUGCUACCCAAACAAAAGACAAAAAGCCUUCGAAUGUGGAUACGAAAACGAGGACAGCGACACGUUGGAAACAUUCGCAGGCGUUAUCAGUCUCCGAAAACGCAGCGACAGAAAGCGGAAUUGACGACAGACGAAUUGUUGCAUUCUUCUGGUGGAACAACAGACAUUCCGCAGUUUACGACAACACCUUCCGACACAAUACGGAACAUUUGCGGAAAAAGCCAUUUUCCACAACUUUCCAGCUCGGAUAACUUCAUGGACGCAACAAUAAUACGCCACACGACUCCCCCAGCCAACAGUUGCUCUGGUAUUUACCAGCAAAGCUAUUUUCCGCAUUCCGACGAAACUGGAAUGCAAAUAUUCCCGCAACGUUGUUACCCGCAUUCAAAUGAAUGCCCUAUACCCCAGAACCCGGACGAAACGGUAUCUGAGAGCAUUCAGGUCGCCUCUGCAAUAAUGGACGGCAGCCAUUACCCAACACCUUCAACAUUUGGAGUUUCACCAUUUGGAGCUGAACCGUCUUACGAAGGUUACCAAAGUUCGGGAGAUUGUUUUGAACUUUGUAAAAGCAACGACCUUCAAGAAAUAGGACCUUAUCCAUCCUCUGAAGGAGAAGCGUCGGAAAACGGCAAAGAAUGCUACGAUGUUGAUUUGAACUGGGAAAUAAGCAUUGCUGCAGAUGAGAGCUACUGCAGUCGAGAUAACGGAAAUCGUUUUCUUCCGUUACUACAAAGUACAUGCAACCCAUCAUACCUGUUAGAAACAAGCGACGGUAGCACAUCAUAUGAUACGAGAUACAGCGCACCCAAACCGGUUCAAAGCAUUUCAACGGAGACGCAGUUUUCACCUAGUGGUAAGCCGUCAGCCAACCAAUAGUAAACCAUACGCAAUCUUUAUGCGUGCUGU